AUGGUCCUGCGCAUCCAGACGAUCCGCAAACGACUAGCUAACAAUUACAGCAUCAGCAUCAGCCUCACACACAUCCCUAGCCACAUUGAUGAUAAGAAAGCCGCCGCCAAACGCAACGGACCGGACGCGCUCUACAAACUAGAACUCAAGAUCAAGGAGCUGGAGCUCCUUCUCCCCAGCAAGAUCAAUCAGUACUUCAAUGGAAAUGAGAAAGCCGACAAGCUAGCCAAGGAGGGCAUCGACAUGCCCCCUGUCAUUGCGAAGUGGGAAAUACAAACUGGCUCCGAACAGGCCACCAUUUUCAACCUCGAGGGUGUACCCAUCGAAGGCGGAAUCCCCGCAUACGCCCAGACCGUAAGAACCGAAGCACGCCGAUGGCUCACCAAGCAGACCAUAUAUGCCGACCAGCUGUGCCCAUCCUGCGGAUCCAAGGAAACACAGGACCAUGCCCUGAGCGAACAGUGCGCCCUGACCCUCGCUAGCAAAACCGCGCUUGCCACAACCACCCAGAACAUUAUAGCAACGGCAGCUAACGCUAACAACAACCACUCCAACCGGCUCCCCCCGUGGUACGGCUCGGCGGUCACCCCUGCCCUAGAUGUCUCAAUCCCCCACUUCGACGACCUCAGCGGUUACGACCACACACUGGGCAAAACAGGACACGUCCCCAAAGCCCUCCCCAAGGCACUCGCCUACUUUGGUAUUACCGGAAGCAAGGCGGAGGACGUUGCAGUGGAGCUGUGCGCCGCGGUCCUCGCGCACCACCACGAAUUAUGGCGCAAACGAUGCAGCCUGCUCUACGAACCGACAACCCUUAAGAAGGCAAGCGACAAAGCGUUCACAGAAACAAACGGCGGUUAA